AUGGAUCCGAUUAUCGUUGAAAUUAAUGGUCCAAUGGUCACGCAGCAGUGUGCGGCUCAGAUUGUGCGCACAAUUGUCGAGCUUCUUCUGUACCAUCGAGAACAGAUCCCCUUUACGUAUGGUGCGUUUCGCAAGAUGGUUAAAAACUUUAGGACAAACGACAGCGACGAAGCAACUGCGCACGGAAUGCAGAAAAUUCACUUAAGAAAACAACAAAACCAAGCGGAACAAACGGUGCAAAGUGUGGAUAAUCUAUUCGAGAUAAUUGACAAAUGUUUCGAAGAAAAUCCGACGGUGCAAGAAGCCAUGAUCAUUUUUGGAACUACGAUUUACACUGCCAAGGAAUCGUUCGUCGUUCGGUUGCCUCCGAUUGACCGGAACCAUCACGGCCACAACCAUCGGCACGCGCUGGAGCAACAUCUCAGGCAAAUUGCCAUGAAACUGACUCUGUCCGACGAAGUAAGUGGCAAUCCUAACGUAAAGGGGCCAACGAACGUCCAUGUUCUGAUGAAGACCACCGCCGCCGCCGCCAUGCCAUUGAAUGGCGGUCUCUGCUCUCCACUGGAUGACUACAAGCUGCCCGUAAAAUGCCCACAGUAUCGCAUAACACUGACCACGGCAGUAAAUGGGACAAGUUCACCGUUUAGUUGUUGCAAACAUUUGAAGGUGUUUCAGGAUGCUACCACUCCAACCGCCAGCGACCAUCCCGAUGCUGUUGCUGCUCAAGAAACGGAAAAUUUAAGCUGUUGGCUGCAGCUGAACGAGGUGGUGCGGGGCUUCAAACCGACGCCGGUGAAGGGAUGCUUUCUUUGGACGCCGGCGUAGAAUGGGUUCACUGACAAUACAGCGCUUUAUUUAAUCAGA